AACUCGGCUCGGAUCUCCCGAACUCCAGUCGGAUUUAAAGUAGUCAAGCGAAACGAGACUGACCGUAGGCCACCGAGUGAGAAACCAGUUGUGUUAGCGAAUCAUUCUUACAUGGUUUACUAUUGUUUUGUCGUGUUGAAUUUAUUUUGACUCACUACUAUCGAAUUGUGUUAGUGUUUAAGCAAUGGCUUUAUUGUUUUUUCGCCUAGGGGCCCGAGCGGCUUCGAGAAACCUGCAAAAGACUUUACAACCGGCCGGGGUCACCUGUUUGGACCAGGGGAAUGGAAGUUGUCCAUAUGUUCAAAAUGCUCAGGAUAGAACUGUUUACCAUCCUCUCCUUCAGGAGCUGAGACUGUAUAGCAGGUCGGCUUCAGGGAAAAAGGAACAGGAACUUGUCAAUCAAUCUGAGUCAGAUUCCGACUCGGAUUCUGAUUAUGAAACUGAGCACAAAGAAAGGGGAGCCAGUGAGUUUUGGAGGAGAAAGAUGAGGACAUUCCAUGGAAUUUUAGACCUCAACAAAGACGGGGUUAUAUCAUUCGAUGAUCUACAGAUUCUAGUUGACCGAUUUGUAGACCUCGGUCAUCUUUCUCCCCACCAUCAACAGGAGUUAAACAAUAUUAUCAAGCGUAUGUGGGAAGAGCGAUGGGGAAGUAUUGACCCUUAUAACAUGGUCACCACGGAGCAAUACCUUGAUGAUAUGCAUCAUGUUAUAAAUGACAAACAGCUUAGAAAGAAGGUCCACACCUUCCUCCCUUACUUGUUCAAAGCUCUUGACAAAGACAGAAGUGGACUAAUUUCCGUACAAGAGUACAAGUUGUUCUUUCAGUGUCUUGGAUUGUCCAAUGAAGCGGCUGUGGUCUCAUUCAGUGUGAUUGACGAGAAUAACGAUGGCCAGAUAAGCUUGAAGGAGUUUGUAAAACUUGGCCGACAAUUCUUCCUUUCCGAAGACCACAAGAGCCCUAGCAAGAUGUUCUGGGGCCCUCUCACUCACUGACAGAUGUGAAUUCACAUUUACCAUAUUUUUAUAUAAUCUUGUUUUAUUCAAGUCACAUUAAUAAAGUUGUUUAAUUUGAUAA